GGUCCCUCCUCAUUCCAUUCCAUUCAAUUCACUCUCAGUGUUCCGUUGCAUUUGCCUUCAUAAACGCCACCUCCAAGCUUCUUCCAAAUCUCUCUUUCUUUCUCCGCCAAGCAAUUUCCCCUUCUUUGUUUCCAAUCUCUUUUAACCAACACCGAUUUCGAUUUCGAUUUCGAUUUCGAAUCCCUGUUACUCUUUCUUUUCUUUUUUCCUGGAAAUUUUCUAGAGAAAGUUCGCUAGGGUUAGGUUUUGGUGUGUGAAGGUGUGAGUAUGAGGUUGAGGGAGGACGGUGCUGAGAAAGAGGAAGUAGUAGAGGAGGUAACUAUGGUUCCAAAUCAAUGGAGUCCGGUUGUGAAUGCUAGAUUUUCUUCUCCCAAGAGAGUGGUUGUUGUUGGCUAUGCUCUUACUUCUAAAAAGAUUAAGAGCUUUUUGCAGCCUAAGCUUGAAGGUUUAGCUAGGAACAAGGGGAUACUGUUUGUAGCUAUAGACCAUAAUAGGUCUCUUUCAGAUCAAGGUCCUUUUGAUAUCGUGUUGCAUAAGUUAUGUGGGAGAGAGUGGCGCCAGGUUCUUGAGGAUUAUAGGCUAUCACACCCAGAAGUUACUGUUCUGGAUCCUCCGGAUGCCAUACAACAUUUACGCAAUCGUCAAUACAUGCUUCAGGCUGUUGCGGAUAUGAACCUUUCUGAUUCCUAUGGCAAAGUUGGUGUCCCUCGGCAAUUAGUUGUCAAGAGAGACGCAUCAGCCAUCCCAGAGUUGGUCAACAGAGCUGGCUUGACUUUACCCCUUGUUGCCAAGCCACUGGUUGCUGAUGGAAGUCCAAAGUCACAUGAAUUAUCCCUUGCGUAUGAGCAGUAUUCCCUUCAAAAUCUUGAACCUCCUCUUGUUCUUCAGGAAUUCGUCAACCAUGGAGGUGUUCUCUUCAAGGUUUAUAUAGUUGGUGAUGCUAUAAAAGUAGUCAGACGGUUUUCAUUACCUGACGUUAGCAAGUGGGAGCUCUCCAAAGAUGCAGGCAUAUAUAAUUUUCCAAGGGUUUCUUGUGCUGCAGCUUCUGCAGAUGAUGCAGAUCUGGACCCCACUGUGGCUGAGCUUCCUCCAAGACCUUUACUUGAGAAACUGGCUAAGGAACUUCGUUGGCGAUUGGGUCUUCGUCUAUUCAACUUGGACAUUAUCCGCGAGUAUGGAACUAGAGAUCACUUUUACGUCAUUGACAUAAACUACUUCCCUGGAUAUGGCAAAAUGCCAGAAUAUGAACACAUAUUUACAGACUUCUUGUUGAGCCUGGGGCAGGGGAAGUAUAAGAAAAAAUCAGGGCAGUACCUUAUAAAGCAGCAGUGUUAUUAAUAAUUUCUGCAUUUUUGCAAUGUGUGGUGGAAGUGCCAGGAAAAACAUUAAAGGCUCCUGUUUUGGGAACUUCGGCCAGUAGUCAACUACUGCUAGCCUUUAUGCAGCCUUUCCAAAGUAACAAAUGUUUGUUGCAUUAGCCAAUAUCAGUACAGGGUCCUCUGCUAAACAUGAAGUUCCAGCUGGUAGCUUGUUGACCGAAGGGGUGCAAGGCCGCAAUUUGAAGGAUGGAUCUGUCUUCGCACCUGGGGUAGUGUUGACCAACAAUGUUGAUAAGUUGAUGGAUUUCAAAUGUACUGACCGUUCUUUGCUGUAUAUAGUUUAAAUUCUUGACAAUAGUACGAAUCUAAUGCAAAUAUCGUGUUCUAUUUUUAGCUGUAUUUAUCUUAGCAGAUUUGCCGAACGACUCAAAAAAAAAUAAAAAUUCUUGUCUAAUUUAUUGCUCUUGCGUGUAAACCAGUUUGACUAGU